UUAAGAGAGUCUCGUUGUUUCUGCCAAAAAAUAUUAAUUGCAGUUGCUGUUAUCUGUCUCGUGUCCAUCGCCACCAUUCUCAAACAAAAACUCUUUCUCUGUCAUUUGGGUAUCCCCAAUGCCCUUCAACUAAAGGACAAUUAAGAAAACACCACCUUAUUUUUAUUAUUUUUCAUUUGUAUCCACUCCAUUCAUGGCAGCAACUUCUACCUCUACUACUACAACAAUUACUUCAACUUCCAAAACUCACCUUAAAUUCCAAUCUCAGCCCAUUAAGCCCAAACGCCGUAAAUUCCGUGAAACCACUAUUUCCUCCACCGCCACCUCCACCGCCGCCGCUGAUAAUAAUAAUACCGAGCACCCAUCUGGCUAUUUUAUCCACACCCGUAAACUUGAUCCACCCACCAUUGUCUCUCCGGAUAACUCGUGGUGCUGCCCUGCUACUUCAAAACCCAUUUCACUCCCAUCACCACCGCCGCCGCCGCUUCCGUCACAGCAGCAACACCAAUCUCGGCGGUUACCGGUUCAAGAAAGUGACAUAGUUCUUGACUCACCGUCGCCAUUCAAGAUCCGAUUCUCUUCCGGAAAUCUAUCGCCUCUCAUUAUGGAUUUUCUUCCCAACGGUAACGGUCAUUACAAUUGUAUUAAUCACUCUCCACAUCAUGAAACUUCACCGUCUUCUUCUUUUCCGUCGAGUUUCUCUAAAUUCAACUCCGCUCUUACCGCCGGUCUCUUAAACCCUAUGUCACCGCCGCCGGAUAAUAAUAACAUUAACAUCAACGCGACAAAACCCAGAUCAAGCCCGACCCUGUUCGAAAUGAUGGCGAGUGAACCCGACUUACAACACCAACAGCAACACAGAAAUCAAAUCAGUAACGGUAAUGUUACUUAUAAUAUUCAAAAUAGGUCCGGUGGUACACAAAUGUUGUCCGUACAAGACAAGCAGAGUUUGAUUAUGCAGAGAAUAUCUGAUAUUUUGGGUAAUAAGAGUCCGGGUAAUCAGUUUAAUGAUUCGUUAAGUGGCGAUGUGAAGCUGACGUUGAGUUCUAAGGAUGGUAUUAGUGUUUCAAUUAGUGUUCAUCGGCAGAUUCUUGUGGCGCAUAGUAGGUUUUUUGCUGUUAAAUUGUCUGAUCGUUGGGCUAAACAACAGCAGAGAUCUUCUUUGCCUUAUGUUGUUGAGAUUGCUGACUGUGAUGAUGUUGAGGUUUAUAUUGAGACUUUGAGGUUAAUGUAUUGUAAGGAUCUCAGACGAAAGCUCAUGAAAGAGGAUGUUUGUAAGGUUCUUGGCAUUUUGAAGGUGUCUGCAGCAAUUGGAUUUGAUGCUGGGGUUUUGUCUUGCUUGGAGUAUUUAGAAGCUGCACCGUGGGCUGAGGAUGAAGAGGAGAAGGUCGCCUCGCUGUUAUCAGUGCUUCGCCUUGAAGGAGUUGGAGCUGGAGAGGUACUUAAGAGGGUUUCGGUUGAAGUUACUAAUGGAACUGAAGAGGGUAAUGACAAUGAUGAAGUGCUUCUCAAGCUUUUGAAUGUAGUUCUUGAAGGUAAAGAUGAGAAAGCUAGGCGUGAGAUGAAAGGCCUGGUGUCGAAGAUGCUUCGAGAGAAUUCUUCUCAGAAUGAACUGAGGAAAGAGUCCUUGUACUCAGCUUGUGAUGGAUGUUUACAAUUGCUUCGUACUCAUUUUCUUCGGGCUGCCGGCGGAGAUUUGGAGGAUAUUGGGCAGAUUGCACGUCAAGCGGAUAAUUUGCAUUGGAUCUUGGACAUUUUGAUCGACAGACAGAUUGCUGAAGAUUUUCUUAAAACAUGGGCAUCACAAUCUGAGUUGUCGAUUGCACAUUCUAAAAUUUCUGCUGUUCAUAGACACGAGAUUAGCAGAGUUACAGCAAGGCUGUUUGUUGGGAUCGGAAAGGGGCAGUUGUUGACUUCAAAAGAGGUGAGGUGUUUGCUUUUACAGACAUGGUUGGUGCCAUUUUACGACGAUUUUGGGUGGAUGAGAAGAGCUUCAAAAGGCCUUGAUCGACAUUUAAUUGAGGAAGGUCUUAGUAACACAAUUCUAACUCUCCCGCUGGCUUGGCAGCAGGAUAUUUUACUUGCUUGGUUUAACCGAUUCUUGAAUUCCGGUGAAGACUGUCCAAAUAUUCAGAGAGGAUUCGAAGUUUGGUGGAGAAGGGCUUUCUGGAGACGCAGCGGUGAUCAGGAAAGAACAAGGCCACUCAGAGUAAUAACUGCAACUAUCGAAAACUCUUGAAGGGAUAUAUACUUGACGGUGCACAGUAUACUUUUCUGAUUGGUCGGUGUGCUUUUACCUUGCUAUGAUGAGUUUGAUUCUGACCAUAUCAGUAGUUAUUGUCGUAUUUUCUUCCUCUCUAAACCAGGGCAGCAUGUUUUGGUAUAGUGGCAAGUAGCUAGGUUUAGUCUGGAAGAAGAUGAAGAACGUUGGGGGUGCAUGUGCAACUUCCAUGUUUUGUUGGGAAUAAACUUGAGUCAGUGAUUGAUUGUAUUGUUUCAAUAUAGACACAGUUUUCAUUUAUUUAUUUUGAUGGAAUAUCCUUAGUUUAUCAGAAA